GAUUGCAUCUUUGAUUCAGAAGUGGCCGCGAAAAUAAACCGUGUUUUCUAUUGUUGCUACAGGGGGGGUGAACUGGAAGUUGCAUUUCAGAAAGGGAGAAGGGUGGGGCACCAUCGGCGGAACCCGGAUGCUGAUGCUGACCGAUGGAGAGCAGGAAGCUGGAGAGAAAGAAGAGGAGCGUAGUGUGAGAGGGAAGGACUCGGUGGGGGUAGCAGCAGGCUGCAGCAGAGCAGGCAGGGGGGAAGCCGACAGCGGAGAGCCGCUCCCGUGGAUUCUGGCUCUUUUCGGGAGUCUCUCUGUAGCAGGAAGCCGGCUCGCUUCCGUUGUUCGCGCAUCAUCCGCGCCGGCUGAGGGAGGAGAUGCGGUAAGAUCAUGAGCACGGCCGUCCAGGGAGGGAGCAAGGAGAGAGGGAGGGAGCACGGGGAGUCGCCGGCUGAGGAUGCUUGUUGUUUCUAGAAACAAGAUUCACCAUCGGAGCGAGCUCUGAUCCUCCUCCUCCUCCUCUUCCUCCUCUACCAGCACCGGCGCGCAGGGACCGGGAGCGCAUCCCUCCCCCCGUAGCAGCUGUCCCGACCGGGGGGCGCAUUUAGCCUGUCUCCCUCGGCCUUCCCGGAGGCUGUAUUUUUCUUCUUCUUCUUCUUCUUCUUUUUUUACGCUCACCCUCCUCUUCCUCUGUUUCCCGAUGCACGGCCAGGGAGGGGGCGAGCCAAAGUGUGCACCGGAUAUUGGAAAACCCAUUCUUCUUGCUGCCUUUGCGAUAGCAGAUUCUAAUUCGGACAGCAGACAGGCAGAUAGAUCCUGAGCAGACGAGGCCCGGGGCUUGACAGGAGCAGGGACAUGUGUGGUGUCGGGAGGACUAUGGGAACAGUUCUGGACCGCGGCAGCAUCAGCAGCAGCAGCAGCAGCCAGGACGGGGGUCCCUGAUAUCGAUCCUCGGGAUGGAUCCAAUCAGGCCCUUCUGACUUGGGUUAUUUGAGACUGUACUCUUAACAGCAAUCAAUCGGAGGCAAAAGUAGCCUUCCUGUCCAGCUCCUGCGCGAUCCUCUCCCUCUCUGCUCCACUUUGAUCCACUAGAAGCUGGGCGCACACGUCAUCCCUUCCCAAUUUCCAUGUGGAUGAUGCUGCAUUCCGAGCGGCGCUGAACGGAAACUGAUUCUGGACCUGACCACGAGACAAGUUGAAGGGAGUAGCCUGCAGGGCCCCGGCUUCCCAUCACGACCGCUUUAGUCGUUUUCCCCCCUCCGCCGCCUGUGAUGCGCGUUGCGGCGUUACGCAUAGAGCUUGAUCUGCCUUGUUCCGCGGGAUAAAGUCGACUUUCGGCAAGGAUGAGCAGCAAAGAGAUCACGGUGGGCCAGUCCAGCCAGUACGUGGGGCCUUACCGGCUGGAGAAGACCCUCGGGAAGGGACAGACAGGCCUGGUGAAGCUGGGUGUCCACUGUAUAACGGGGCAGAAGGUGGCCAUAAAGAUUGUGAACAGAGAGAAACUCUCGGAAUCGGUUCUAAUGAAGGUGGAGAGAGAGAUAGCUAUUCUUAAACUAAUAGAGCACCCUCAUGUUCUGAAGCUCUAUGAUGUCUAUGAAAAUAACAAAUACCUGUACUUGGUGUUGGAGCAUGUGUCUGGUGGAGAGCUGUUCGACUACUUGGUGAAGAAAGGCAGGCUGACUCCCAAAGAAGCCCGGAAAUUCUUCAGACAAAUCAUCUCUGCCCUCGAUUUCUGCCAUAGUCAUUCCAUAUGUCACAGAGACUUGAAGCCAGAGAAUCUUCUUCUUGAUGAGAAGAACAACAUAAGGAUAGCAGACUUUGGAAUGGCCUCGCUACAGGUUGGGGACAGUCUGCUGGAGACCAGUUGUGGAUCUCCUCAUUAUGCUUGCCCAGAGGUCAUCAGGGGAGAGAGGUACGAUGGUCGCAGAGCUGAUGUUUGGAGCUGUGGAGUUAUUCUCUUUGCUCUGCUUGUGGGUGCCUUGCCUUUUGACCAUGACAACCUGCGGCAGCUUCUGGAGAAAGUGAAGAGCGGCGUUUUCCACAUGCCCCACUUCAUACCACCUGACUGCCAAGCUUUACUUAAAGGAAUGAUUGAAGUCAACCCUGACAAAAGACUCACGCUAGAAGCAAUACAAAAACACACCUGGUACCUGGGCGGACGUAACGAGCCUUGCCCAGAGCAGCCUCCUCCUCGCCGGGUGUGUGUGAAGAGGAUCCUGUCCCUAUCGGAGCUAGACCCAGACGUCCUUGAAAGCAUGUACUCUUUAGGGUGCUUCAGAGACCGGGUGAAACUCACACAGGACCUUACAAGUGAGGAGGACAACCAGGAGAAAAUGAUCUACUACCUCCUACUGGAUAGAAAAGAGCGAUACCCAAGCUGUGAAGAUGAGGAUCUUCCACCCAGAAAUGACCUUGUUGUCCAAGACCCACCCAGGAAGCGUGUGGAUUCCCCCAUGUUGACGCGUCACGGCCGUUGUCGUCCAGAGAGAAAGAGCUUGGAGGUCCUCAGUGUCACAGACCAGGGGUCACCCACCCCGCCUCGCAGGGCCCUGGACACUAAUGCUCAUAGCCAGAGGUCUCGUUCAGUCAGCGGUGCGUCCACAGGGCUGUCCUCCAGUCCUCUCAGCAGUCCCAGGAGUCCAGUCUUCACCUUUAACCAAUCAGAGGUCACCCCCACCUCCACUUCCUCCUCCAAAGACCCCAAAGCAGGAAGUGCCACCACUCCUCGACCCACCCGUCCGGUGCCUGACCCAAAAACCCAGACUUUGCCCUCUAAGGGUCCUGCUGACCGGCCCCAGCUCCACUCCAUGAAGUCUCUCCCUCUCCAAACACCACGCUCUCCUUCCCCCUCCCCCUCCCCCAAUCUCUCUCCCAUCCCACGGUUCUUCAACUUCCCCUCUCCUUCCAUCUUCAGGUCCAAGAAUGUCCACUCAUCCUCUAACUCAUCUGCCACCCCUUCCCCUGUGUCGCAGGUUACACCGCAGGGCUCGCCUCUACCAACCCCGCUCGGCACGCCCGUGCACCAAAUCCAACACCCUUCCUCCACCACCCCUCCCUCCUCCUCCUCUUCGUCCUCUUCCUCCAGAGUGGAUGGAGCGGGCGGUGCCUCGCUGUCACUGACUCCACCCUCUAGCCCAGGAGGGAGUGGCAAUUUGGCCGCCUCGAGCUCCACCCACUGGAGGACGAGGCUUAACUCGUUUAAAAACAACCUGCUGGGUUCUCCACGCUUCCAUCGGCGCAAACUGCAAGUUCCUACAUCAGAGGACAUGUCCAGUCUGACUCCAGAGUCCAGUCCAGAGUUGGCUAAGAGGUCGUGGUUUGGUAACUUCAUCAGUCUGGAGAAGGAGGAGCAGAUCUUCGUGCUCAUCAGAGACAAACCGCUCAGCUCAAUCAAGGCUGACAUCGUUCACGCCUUCCUCUCUAUCCCCUCCCUCAGCCACAGCGUGGUGUCUCAGAAUAGUUUCCGGGCAGAAUACAAGUCCUCGGGUGGCCCCUCUGUCUUCCAGAAACCUGUCAAGUUCCAGGUGGACAUCGCUUUCUCUGAGGGAGAGAGAGAACGGGAGAGGGAACGAGCGGAGAGAGAAGGACGAAGAGAGAUGGGCAUCUACAGCGUCACCUUCACGUUAUUAGCAGGUCCCAGUCGUAGAUUUAAAAGAGUCGUAGAAACUAUUCAAGCUCAGCUUCUCAGCACCCAUGAUCAGCCUUCUGUGCAGGCUCUGGCAGAUGAGAAGAACGGUCAGCUUUCCCGUCAGCCUAGUGCUACUUCCCAUCAGAACUCCCGGCAUUUUGAAAGUGGAGCAGAUCGAGUGGAAAGGGAGCACAUAGUGGACGGGGUGAGCGCCAGCAGCAGCAGCAGCAACAGCGCGACCGUCUUACAGCGGCGAGAGUCAGGGAGAGACAAGACCAGACUCCUUUCAUCCUCCAACGGGACGCAGUCUCACCCAUGAAAAGAAUGUUACCAACGAGAAGAGAGGGUUGCCCGUCUGGCCGCCCUCUCGAUCUCCACUCAGUCCUCCCUGCAUUCUUUCAUUUGCCUUUUCCUUACUCCCUUCCGGGCUCCUGACCUCAACCCCAAUUAAAUAAACGGAAGAUGGGGAAGACUUUUGUCAAAGAUGGUAUGGAAAUACCGCAGAGGACUCCCCAAAAGUGUCUGUCUCUAGGAGGAACGUGUGCUGAUGGCGCGGGACUGCAGAACAGAAAGAGCUCACAGCCAGGGAAACAUGUGGUCCACCUCCACAUCCACAAAGCACAGGACAUUUCCAAUCACAAUCAACAGCCGCUUCAUACCUUGCAGGAAACCUCCAAGUCCGUCAGUCAGGAUGGGUUACACUGAUUAAGGCCAAGGAUUGAGCGCAUCGAAGCACUCUCAUUUGUGCCCAUCCAGAUUGAUCAGCGGCAUCACUUCUUCUCCUCACCUCGCCGGGGGAAAACGGACGCGUUUUCUCCAGCAGACCAACAACAUGAGCGAAACUGACCCGGGAACUACACGAGUUUAGUGAAUGUUUAAAGUGGAUUGUGUCUCUAAAUGCUGAGCAAACCGAGCGGUAAGUUUUCACAAUCAAACAAAAGGAAGAACUGUCUGAGGACCAGAGCAGCGGAACAUAAAAUUGCUAGAGAAUUGAUCUGCUGGGCCAUGUAAUGUGGACACGGUACGUCGAAAUGAUAAUAUGAAAGUAAUACCGUCACAACUUUUCCUUGAAUUUAUGGAGCCCCCCGCCCCCACAGUUAUUAUUGAAAUACAAUGAUAUGAAGCUAUGAUACCAUAUUGCCUUUACAAGAGAGGACAAAUGUGGAGAGCGGUAGGAAUUUAGCCACAUUUCAAAGAAACUAGUCACACUGCAACGAGGGUUCGCCAAAAGUCUGAAAGCAUGCAGGAUGAAAAGAUUUAGGAGGCCAACCUUAAAAAGAGCUGUCCCAUAUUUCAAACGCCGUGGAGGAGAAAACUAAGAGGCCAAAAACCUUUCCUUUGGCUUAUUUAGAAAUAAAAAGCAGUUUUUAUUUGAAAGACUUUUACAGCAUUUGUUUUACACAACACAUACUCUAUAUUAAAAGGCAGAAUGAUUUGUUUUUGCUUUUUACUAGUUUCUCCUGACAGGUUAGCUCUUUGUGAAGCGUUACUUUUUAAACUGGUCUCUCUGAACCUCGGAAUAACUUAUAAAUUACAUGUUAGCACCUGUGAGGUUUUUUUGUUAGCGCCAAGCCUUAUCCUACAUCACAUUUCUCCCAUCAAAGCAAUCAGGUGCAGUCCACUCAUUUUCAAACCCAUUUAACAUGAUUCAGGAAGUACUGAGUGCAUAUCUGAUUGGCUGGUUCAGGUUUCAGGUUUUGAUUCAGCAGGCUAUUGAAUUUUAUCUUCCAAGGUUAGCAUUAGCUUAGCUUAGCUUAGCAUGAGCACACUUUCAGAAAUGGCUCUGUUUUUAUACACAAAACACAAUCUUUUCCAACUGAUGAGGGAUGAACCUAACCAAACAAUUAAGGUCCAAGCACAGCUGUAGAUCUGACUCAUAUGAACAGUGAUAUAUUUAGUCUUGGCUCAGCAUGGGUGGUGCUGGUGCUACAGCAGUAGCUAUGCCGCUCGUAUUCUGUUUGCACCAAAUCACUUUUCUCUUUUAGAUGUUUGCCUAAUCCUUGUUGCCCCUCUUGUCUCUACGCAGAUUUAUUUAUUUUUUAUAUUUAAUGUUUGCUUUUUAAAUUGUUUUUCGUAGUACAAUAGAGAACAUAUACAGCUGUGUUCUAAAUUAUGUUUGAGAGCGUGAGUAAAGCUCAAAUUUUCUGAUCGUAGCCUUUAUUUCUAUACAUGCAAAUGCAUUGAAAUACUGGCCAUUCCAUUACAGAUUAAAACAGGGAGAAAAUGUAUCAACGUUUCUUAUCAUAACAGAAAGGUUAAAUGGGCAUUUAAAAAAAACAGCCAUGUUAAACAUGUUAAACUGUAUACACUGAAAAGGGCUCGAAUAGUUAGCUUUCCUGGAGUAAUAUUCAGCUGUAUAGCAUCCAUCCAUGCAUUUCCCUACAAGCUUAUUCCUAUUGGGGUCACGAGGGGUGCUGGUGCCUAUCUCCAGCUGUUA